AUGCUCAUUGUCGAAAUCAAAUUAAUUGCAUUUGUGGGAUAUUUCCAUAAAGAUGAAUAUCAUAAUAGUAUUUGGCGCCUUUAUUAUGAAGGAAUUAGUCCUCCUUCCAAAGUCAAUACAGGUGAAGUUGAAACAGUCACAGCAACAUCCAGCAAAUGCUUUGCAUUCAUCUGCAAAUUCAUCAACCUUCAAGAUAGAGCAAUUAAUUUCACUCAUACUGUUGACUAUUCGAUUUUGCUUUAUGAAAAUGUUUUUUCACAAGGCCCAGGUACAAUAUCUAUAACCAGUACUAGUAAUACUGCCAUUGUUAUUGACAAAUUCUGUUCAUCUGAAAGUAAAACCCCAUCAGAUGGUCAAUUUGCAUAUUUUUAUGGCAAAAUCAACAGUACAAUCCUCCAAGGAUCAAUUUGUAAUGGAGGAAAUAGUUCAGUAAGUUCAAUGAUACACCAGAAAAAUGGCUUUGGGUCACUUUCAUUAACAAACUUUUCUAACUGUAUUUCCGAACAAAAACCAGGUUUUGUUUACAGUAUGGUUGAAUCAACAGCAAAUGCUUUAUUUUGCAAUUUUGAGAAUUUAAAAGCAACUGAAGUUAGAAUUACCCAAUUUUGGAAAUCUCCAGGAAGAAUUGAACGAUGCAAUUAUAUAAAUACUUCUCAACAUCAAGGAUUUUGUGGAUUGGUCGAAGUUGAUUCUGAAAGACUUGAUAUUUAUGAUUCAUCUUUCCAAAAUAAUCUAAAGAAUAAGGAAGGAUACUUAUUUAAUGGAGAAAAUGUUGGACAGAUUUAUAUAUAUCGAUGUAGCAUUGAUAUUGAUUUGAAAUGUCGCAAUGCAAAUACUUCAGAAAAGGGAACAGAGUCAUUUAAGAAUAAUUUGGCAUUCAUUGGAUUUCGUCCAUGCGAAGGAAAUCCGGAAAUAAUAUUAGAAUUUCUACCAAAGAAAGAAAAUAAAAUUUGUUCAUUACGUCCAUGCAUUAAUUUUCUUUUUGGUAACAAUUUUAUUUAUGUUUUGUUAAUUAGUAAAUAA